CACAGUCAGAACACAGUCAGUCAGUGUGAUGCAGCCGGUGAGACAUCUUUUGCAGCGGAGGCCACCUUCACCCGACGCGUUAAUCCCUGGUUUAUGCGCUUUUCCCCCCCCAUGGAGGAGUAGGCAUCUGAGGGAUCCUCCUCCCUGCAGGCUGCCGGGGAAUGCACCCUAGUCUGGGCAGGAAACCUUCACAAUGGUCGGUGUUUCGGGCUUUGGGUGUCAUGCAAACGCGGAUGAUGCGCGUAAACCCUCCGGGGAUGAUGGUGAAACCAUGCGGCUGUGUGGCGCUCCCUAGCCUCCCACCUGAUCACUUCUCCCCCUCCCCCACCUCCUCUCCCCUUUCUCCUCUCUCCUCCUGUUCACCAUGACGACCACUCUGGAGAUGAUGCUGGCCCAGCCCGACCAGGAGCUGAGUCCAGAGCGCCUGGAUGGCUGCGAGGACUUUAGUGGCCGCUACAAGGUGGUUCCGUGCGUCGUCUGCUCCAUGUGCUGUCUCUUCGGCAUCAUUUACUGCUUCUUUGGCUAUCGCUGCUUCAAGGCGGUGAUGUUCCUGACGGGCCUGAUGUUUGGCUCUGUCGUCAUCUUUAUGCUCUGCUACAAGGAGCGCGUUCUGGACACCCAGCUGAGCGUGGAGGCCUCGGUGGGCAUCGGCCUCGGCAUCGGCACGCUCUGCGGCCUGGUCACCAUGCUGGUCCGCAGCGUGGGGCUCUUUAUGGUGGGCCUGCUGCUGGGCCUGCUGGUGGCCGUGGCCACCCUGGUGGGCAUGGAGGAGCUUUCCGACAGCCCGCCGCGCUCCGUCUGGGUGCCCCUGGGCGUGCUGCUUGGCCUGGGCAUGCUGUUCGCCGUGCUCACCCUGCAGUGGCAGCGCCUCUUCACCACGUUGUCCACGGCGAUGUUCGGUGCAGCCGUCAUCACUGUGGCGGUGGACUACUUCGUGGAACUCUUCGCCCUCGUGCUGUACAUGUACGAGCGACUGAAAGCAGCACCUGGAAAGCCAGUGUGCUGGCUGACGUGGGUGGUGCUCGGGGUGUGGCCUGCCCUCACCCUGCUGGGUGUCAUGGUCCAGUGGAAGGUGACCGCUGAGGGAUACUCCCACACAAAGGUAAUCAUCAGCCGGCAGCAGAGGAGGAUGCAGGUGAUGCGGAUUCGUCAGCGGGACGAUCGCUAUCGCAACAAGAAGAAGAAGAAGCAGCACGGCUCCACCUCCAACCAUCACCAGGCCAAGCAGCUCCACACUGAGCCCGCCUACCGCCGCAAGCCCAACCCCAUCCGCCGCUACGACACGGACGUCCUCUCGCCGAGCUACAUCCAGAGUUUCAGAGAGCGUCAGGUUCAGGCGCAGCCCAUCCCGAGCCGGCUGGCUGGCCGACCACACACCGUGGUGGAUGUGGGCUACGACUGCGGCUCCGCGGCGCCGCUCACCGGAGCUGCAGGACCUUCCCUACGUGUCUGAGCGGUCCUCCGCCUCCCAGAGGCCUGAACGCACCGCUCUACCAGGGAGACACAUGACUCUUCAAUCUGUGCAAGGACAAACUGGGUUUAAAUGCAAAGAUUCUGGGUUCAAAUGUAAUCUGGGUUUAGCCACACCCCUGAGAGGAUGAAAGUAUAUGUAGGGCUGGAUUUACCCAAAAUGCAAAACAAGUUUAACCCUUUACUAAUUACAUUUUUAGAUCAUAAAGCCCAGCGUUCCUUGUGGCGACCUGCUGGAGCAAUCAGUGUGGUGCAGAGGCUUGACCUCUUUUUCACUGUCUUUCAGUAGAUUCAAAUGCACAAAUGCAUGCAUGCACUUCCACAAACACACACCGCAGCUACAAUCUUAAGGGUCGGCGUGGAAACCCGAAGCCGGCUGCUGUAACCGGACCCGGCCUGUUUGGCACGUGCUCAAGUCAAACCAGAUCAGGGAUCUCAGUUUCAGUGCAAAACCGCCUCAGGUUCAAACACAGUCCUACAUGGAAAAGUCCCAAUACCACUUUGCUGUCGUUUCUACCGCUGUUGUCGAUUUUCAACUGAUGGUGCAGAAGCAACUAGUUCCUCAGCCUGUAGAUGUCCAACAAAGAUCAUUUAUAAAGGGAAGUAAGGGCCCUUAAAUGCAAACCAGGAUCUUAUAUUUGCUUUCUGUGCCAUCUGGACUACAACAAUCGUCCUUGAAAUGGGGAGGGACGUCUUUAAAGAGGGGAAACCCUUCGUCGCCCUUGGUGCUGGACGAUACACUUCUUCAAGCGUCAAACAGCUCUCCGAUGGCCAGGGAAUCUGUUUGAACGGGUGCCUUGCCCCUCUUUGGACUGGACCACUCAGCAACAGGAGGGGGGCUACUGCCAGAUCUCCUAUUGAUGGCUUUUUUUUUUUUUUUUUUUUGCAUUAAACGUGAAGGAUUUUUCAGGGGGGUAGCCAUGGAGCUACAACAAGCAGGGUAAAAUAAUGUUGUCGGAGUAGAGUUGGCUUGUUAACUUCACAGAUGCCUGGAUAUAUGAGGAGGAUUUGCUUUUGGCUGACAGCAAGAGAGCCACAUUUACACUGGCACCUCCUCUGGGAUUUUUGAGUGGAAACUACAACUCCUGAUUAUUGUGCAUCCUGACUUUCUUCCCAGACUGUUUCCUCCAAAAGAUGAUUUCCGCUGCUGAGCAGAGAGGUAUUUAUUCUAAACGAUAGAUGAACGAUAUGUCUGCCAUUGUGUCAAACUCCAGUUGCUCUGGUUGGUAUUGCAAAGCAAUUCAAAUCUAAACGUGCCGAAGGAGCCGGUGAAAAGCUAAAAAUCUUCCUUGAAUUCAAAGUAACCAGGAUAAUUAUUUAUUGAUGUUAAAAAUGUGACUCCAGGCUGAGAUGCCAGUGUAAAUACGGCUCAGAGUGUCUGGAUGAAAACAGGACUAGUGGCCAUACCAACUUGUACUUACGCCAACAACUCCUUCCAUCAUGUGCAUUGAUUUUCUUUUUUUGGGACAAGAGAACAUUUCUGUCACCAGUGAAAAUGUGAAUACUUAAUAAUCGUCUUUACCUUUUUAUAGGAAAAGCAAGCAAAUGUGGGGGGAGGGGGACGCGUGGUACGUUUUUAUUCAUCCGUGGGAAACGGAAAUGCAUGAUCUCACCCGAUCCGCCCUGCGUGGCUUCGUCUUGGCCCCCACCAAACACCCUCCACCCUCUCAUGUGCAUCAAUGUGAAAUUUGUACAUAAAACACAGCACUUACUAACUUGUUUUUAUGUUAUUUGUAUCAAUUCAUUUCACUUUUUCCUUUUUUUAGGAAUCUAAUUAAAUUGUUCUUUUCCUUUGGGAUGUAUUUAUUUUCUGAUUUAUUUAUUUCUCAAGCAGUCCUGUAAAGGAGAGUGCAUUGUCAUCACUG